GCCGGAUCUACCCCUCAUGUCGGAUUUGGAGUUGGCGAGACGCGCGAACCAAUUGACUCGACAGGGCAUCGUCAGCUAGUUCCAUUUACCUCAAUAUUUCCCCUCGGCAUAUCACCACCAACAGCCGCGGGCUCCAAGUGGCUGACGACUGUCUUAAAGAGGCUCAAAAGUAGACGUGCAAUACGUGCAACAAGCGUACCCAAUCCAGCAGUCACCUUCACACAUCCCUACCCUCUGCUCACGUAGCCUGUGAUUGUCAGAUCCUUUGUGAACACAAUGGCACAAAUUCCGUUCUCCGACCCCGCAUGGCUGUCUGGCAUCCCGUCGCCAUACUUCAGCGAUGGCCACAGGGCGUGGCAGAAGAAGGUACGCGCCUUCAUGGAGGAGCAUUUGCUCCCUCAGGCGCUUGAAUGGGAUACCAUCGAAACUGUUCCGCCACACGUCUUUGAGACGUUUGCGAAGCACAACAUGCUGAUUCCCUCCUUACCCGCCCCACUACCAGUCGAAUGGCUGCACAAAGUCGGCAUCCGAGAUAUUCUGGGACUGCCUGUUGAGCAAUUUGAUUAUCUGCACUUCAUGAUCUACACCGAGGAACUGGCCAGAACUGGGUUGGCAGGUCCAUCUGGUAGUCUUACGACGGGCAUGUCCUUCGGUGUUCCCCCUCUACUCAAGUUCGGCAACCGUCAACUCCAAGAAAGGUUCCUUCCGGAUGCGCUGACGGGCAAGACACGUUUCUGCAUUGCCAUUACCGAGCCAGAUGCUGGUUCUGAUGUCGCAAACGUGACUACAACGGCGGAGAAGACGCCCGACGGCAAGUACUAUAUCGUUAAUGGUACCAAGAAGUGGAUCACGAACGGUAUCUGGGCCCAGUAUGGCUCCAUGGCCGUAAGAACAGGCGGACCGGGAGCUGCAGGCCUGAGCAUGCUAGUUGUUCCGUUGAAGGACUAUCCGGGUGUGACUAUGAAGAGAUUGAAAGUUGGCGGGCAGGUCAGUGCCGGAACGACGUUCAUCGAACUCGACGAUGUGAAGGUUCCCGUUGAGAACUUGAUUGGAGAAGAGGGCAUGGGCAUGAAGUACAUCAUGACGAACUUUAACCACGAACGUCUGUCGAUUGCCAUCGGUGCUACCCGACAAGCUCGCGUCGCGCUUUCCGCUGCCAUGGAAUACGUUAUGAAGCGCGAGGCCUUCAAUAAGAAGCUUAUCGAACAACCAGUUGUGCGGCACAGACUUGCCAAGUGCGGUGCUUUGCUCGAGUCACAACAGGCAUGGAUCGAACAAUUUGCAUACGCUAUGACAAAGCUUACAAAGGCUGAGGCUGACACGAAGCUUGGUGGGCUUACUGCAUUGGCAAAGGCAAAUGGUGGUAUGGUCAUCGCAGCUUGCGCUGAAUGUGCUACAUUGCUCUUUGGCGGCAACGGAUACACGAAGAGUGGCCAAGGCGAGCGUAUCGAGAGGAUAUACCGCGAAGUAAUGGGUGUGCGAAUCCCUGGUGGUUCAGAAGAUGUCAUGCUGGAUUUGGCUGUGAGACAGCUCGUUAAGAACUACCAAAGGGCCUCAAAGGCGCUGGAGGGCUCCUCACGUCUGUAAACUUCUGUACCAAUCCUACUUGUCUUUGUAGCAUAGUAUGUGUGUCUUUUAGCAUGACGUUUAGACAAAAGAAAUUCUAAAUUCACAAGCUUGGAG